GCCUCCCCGGAACUUCCCAGCGCGGGGUGGUGGUAGGUGUAUUGUAGCAAGCGCUUCCUGGAGCGCAGGCGGGUCACGAGUCAGGUGACAGCCGCUUGACCGCGGCUUUGAAGUGCUGUGGCGUGGACGUCCUCCCCCGGUACCGGCGUGGAGACUGAACCUGCGAGAGAAAGGGGUUCAUCAUGGCGGAUGAUCUAAAGCGAUUCCUGUACAAAAAGUUACCAAGUGUUGAAGGGCUCCAUGCUAUUGUUGUCUCAGAUAGAGAUGGGGUACCUGUUAUUAAAGUGGCCAAUGACAGCGCCCCGGAGCAUGCGCUGAGGCCUGGAUUCUUAUCCACUUUUGCCCUUGCAACAGACCAGGGGAGCAAGCUUGGACUUUCAAAAAAUAAAAGCAUCAUCUGUUACUAUAACACCUACCAGGUAGUUCAGUUCAAUCGUUUACCUCUGGUGGUGAGCUUCAUUGCCAGCAGCAGUGCCAACACAGGACUAAUCGUCAGCCUAGAAAAGGAGCUUGCUCCAUUAUUUGAAGAACUGAUAAAAGUUGUGGAAGCGUCUUAAUUUCUCUGUGGUUUUGAUGUGCACCUUCUCUUUGUAGCACCUCAACACCAAUCCAGCAAUCUUGAGACCACAGUGAUAAUUUCACCUUUGUAUUCAGGAAAGGGGCCCUUACCACCUGACGCUAAAGAAAAGGAGCCUGUAGCUGUAAUGUAUAGACGGGGCAGCUGUUAUUUACGUGUAGAAGGUCUUUUCUUAUCUCGGGAGAUCUGGGGACACCACAGAAAUGGUUCAGUCUAUUGCAGCUCCCAUGGAGUUAGUGUGGGCACCUGCUAAUGGAUGUUAGUCUAUCCAGUGGAUCAGAAUCAAAAUGGUAUAUUGAUCCACUGGAGCCCAUAAGUGCCCACUUCUGCAGGCCACAGAUCCUUUUCAUUGUGAAUAAUAAUGAGGACAUAUUUUUCUUCAGAUUAUAUUUGCUGUCUUUGCAUUGAGUGUGAGGAAGGUAAAAUGACUUAGUAAAAAUAAUAAAGUCAGUACAAUCACUAA